AGCCACACAAGCGACUCUGCAACACCGAACAUGUCUUCCAGCCUUCGUCGUAAGUACUGCCCCCCCCCCACUCAAUCCUUACGUGACAACCUGUUGAAAAGUUCACGGAGAAAGAACUCGCUCGAGAAUUCGGAGGACCCGUUACUACAAUCAUCUCCGGUGGUUUCUUGUUUACCAUGGAUCUUUUGAUCAGGGCCGAUGCUCGCCAUACCAACGAGCGGAUAGACAAAACCAACGAGAAAAUCACGAAUAUUGACAAGAAAAUCGAGACCACCAAUAAAAAUCUUCGCACCGUCCAUGCCAACCUGCUCAGCGAAAUUAUCUUAACGCAAGCCCUGGGAAGAGAAGCGUUCGUGAUGACUGCCCCUAACGGCAAACAACGGAAGGCGCUCGAGGACGGAUUGGAAAAAUUUGCGUUACUCGUAAGGAGCGGUGGAAAGGAUUGUGGAGGGUCCUAAGGUAAGUAGAUACAUUGAUUAUCAUCCAUCUCAAUUGGUUAUGCUAAUGCGCUACAGACUGCAUGGACUCACAAGAGGGGGGGAUAAGUUAGAGGUGGGGGCAGGUUUCCUUUUUUUUUUAUUGUUUUCGGAAUGAAUCGAAAUAAGGUGAUUGGAGACUGUUGUGUUACACUUGCUGUCAGACUCAUGUGACCGUGGUGAACCCACCGUGACAGAAUAGUAUUCCAUUAAUCCUUUGAAUCUACCAUCGCAUAUUGCCCGCGGAUAGGUUGGGUUGCGCAUACAAGCAUGAGGCAGCAACCUUACCACACCUCAUCGUCUAGGUCUUUUCCC